CGGCGCGGUCAGCCUCGCGGCGCGGCCACGCCCCCACGCCGGCGCUUCCCGGGGGUCCUUCCGUGCGCGUUGAUAUGAUUGGCCGGCGAAUACUGGCUCUCUUUUCCUCCUUGGCUGUCUGAAGAUAGGUCGCCAUCAUGAACGACACCGUAACUAUCCGCACUAGAAAGUUCAUGACUAACCGACUACUUCAGAGGAAACAGAUGGUCAUUGAUGUCCUUCACCCCGGGAAGGCAACAGUGCCUAAGACAGAAAUUCGGGAAAAACUAGCCAAAAUGUACAAGACUACACCAGAUGUCAUCUUUGUAUUUGGAUUCAGAACUCAUUUUGGUGGUGGCAAGACAACUGGCUUUGGCAUGAUUUACGAUUCCCUGGAUUAUGCAAAGAAAAAUGAACCCAAACAUAGACUUGCAAGACAUGGCCUGUAUGAGAAGAAAAAGACCUCAAGAAAGCAACGAAAGGAACGCAAGAACAGAAUGAAGAAAGUCAGGGGGACUGCAAAGGCCAAUGUUGGUGCUGGCAAAAAGAAGGUAACAUGUUUUAAGAAACUAUGUAGCAUAGUGUCUUAACAGCUCAGUAGAGUAGCUUGGCCCACCCCUUGUCAGCUCACAGCACAAUCUGGAGGCCACAUUGAUCCUGGUGGGCACCUUUCAAGCCUAUCACAAGAAGUUUUAAUUUUACUAAUUGGCGUAGAACCUUCAAUGCAGAGCGGAUCUCAUUCCCUGUGAUUUUACUUACUAAUAUGGACACUGGUUUAAGAAGCAGUUGGAUCAAUGUGGCCUGUGUUUUCCUGGCACACUGGAAAGGCAACUGAGAUCUCAGGAUUGCUUUCCUCUCCAGUUGGCCAAGACAAGUGAUUUUAGCGAUAAGCAGCUUUUUACCAGCUUUGCUAGCUGUAAAUAGUUGGACAUUGUAAAUCAUUGAAUAGAAUUAAGGUGUUGGGUUGUUAAAUUAACAAAUAAUCAAGUGUUCUGUGAACUUUUUUUUUUUGUUUUGUUUUUUUUGCUUUUCCUCUCUACUUUCUUGGAUUUCUUGUUCAUCAGAAAUGAAGUGUCUAGCAGGUACUGAGAUUGUAAGCACGGUGUGGGGAUGCAUCACCUUCACUGAGUUUGCUUUGAUGAUGCUUUGCAUGUUGGCCUUUGGACGACAGUUUUAUAGUGUGGUCGAUUAUAAUGCCAGUGCUAUUUAGGCUGGUGCAAAAGUAAUUGCGGUGGCAAAAACCACAAUUAAUUUUGCACCAACCUAAUAUGUUUUAAGAUAGUAUAUUAUGAGCAAAGGAGAAAACGUUUAAAAUCAUGUUUAUUUUGGAAACUCCAAAAUGCAUGUUACAUGUGAAGUGACUCACUGGAGGAAGGUGAGUGCUUUACCAAGUAGGCACUUUUUAGCUUGCACUUGGGAAAUGCUGUGUCCACAUACUUAGGAAAUGGCUUCAGUUAACACUGGGCUUGGGAAGGGCUCUCUUAUCCAAGGAGCAGUCUUCUCUGGAGCCAUGAAACCAGCCUGGCAGCUCUGGUAGUAAACUAGUCUGUGAAAUCCGGCAAAGCCUCUGUCCUGUUUGGAUACGCGCAAAGCUGCCUUUUACCAUUUCCAUUGCUUUUUAUUACUUAAUCUCCCAACUUUCUGCCUGGUGUCUUUUUUUUUUUUUUAAUAGAAAAUUUUCGAGGUAAUUAUGUAUUCAUAUAAAAGUCUGGUGGAUAUGCUUUUUCCCACAAGCACUUGGUUAGAGUGGCCCAUUACCUCAUUUAUUUAUUUUUUGAGACAGGGUCUCUUGUCACCCAGGCUGGAGUACAGUGGCAUGAUCAUGGGUUACUGUACCUCCUGGGCUUGGGUGAUUCUCCCACCUCAGCCUCCCUUGUAGCUGGGACCACAGGCCUGUGCCACCAUGCCCUGCCAAUUUUUUGUAGAGACAGGAUUUAGCUGUGUUGCUCAGGCUGCUCUUGAACUCCCAGACUUGAGCGAUCUGCUUGUCUAAGCCUUCCAAAGUGCUGGGAUUACAGGUGUGAGCCACUGCGCCCAGCCUAUUACGUCAUUUAAAACAAACUUUGAACAUCUGAACAGCCUAAAAUUGUAAUGUGUAAAGUGGGGCAGGAGUGGGGUGGGCAUAGUGGGAUUUUGAAUCAAUGAAGGCCCUUGUUCUUGUGGCAUCCUUUUGCAGUGAUUCCCUGCCAGGCAAGGCAGUAAGCCUGGGAUUGCCUGCCCAGAGCUGUAAUCACAUUGACAACCCAGCGCCAUGGAGUAUGUAAUGAAUGAACUGCCAGCAGAACUAUUCACUAAGAACCACUCCCUGUUUGUGAGGAUUGUACCUGUUGAGAGAAGUUGCAAAAAGAAUUAGUCAAAAGAAUUAGUCAAAAUUUGUCCUCUGACCUAUGUCUGAAGGACAUUUAACACAUUGAUUUUUCUCUUCAUCCAGCCUUUGAGCCCUACGAGUUAGUGCGCUUAGCCUUUGAGUCCCACAAGUACGGAGGAGCUACCUGUGGGGACCUGAGCCAUCACUAUUCCUGCUUCAAGUUACACUGGUGCCUCUCACUAGCACUGCUCUGAAAAGCCAGCUGGAAAAAUCAAUGCAUUUGAGUACAUGAAUUCUUUGGCUCCAAAGAAAUGCAUAGCAACAUUGCUUUUAAUUCAGUUUUGUUCAGAUGUUAGAAUUAGUAUUUGUUCUUGCCUUUUGGUUGCGAUGGAGUUAUAUACUAAGUUACUUAUACUAAGGCAUUAGUAGUCUCAUAUCUGAGAAGCAAUUGUAUUUUUAGUUCAGCUAAAUUAAUGCCUCUUUUUAAAUACUAACUUGUACUACUUUUGUGGCUGUGAAUGGUGUCUUUUAUUGAACUGAGGCAGCUUUUAAAAGACUUGCCUGAUCAUUUAGAGCACUCCCAUUGAGGUUAAAUUAGACUUGAAUCUGUAAUGAUUCUCAUAUCUGUUCCUGGUGUGUGUCCAGCACAGUGUUGCUGGGCAGAGCAGAGGGUCAGAGGCUCAGGUAUGUACUUCAUUGACAAGUGGGCAAGGCCAUCCUGGGUACCACAUUGGCUUAAUGAUCUCUUCAUUGUGAAGUCAGGCUACCUUGUUUGCAUAAGAACUACAGUAAUCAGGCAAGGUAUUGUCAGAAUUGGGAGGAAUAAAAUCAGUGAGUCUCGAAGGAGUGCUCUGUAUACAAUUGCAAAGAACAAAAUGGUCAUCUUUAAGGUACCUGAUUGCAUGCACUUAAAUGCAGAUUAUUUUGGAGUUUGAAAAGGGACUAUUAAUGAAAUCUUUCUUUUCCCUCCUUUCUCUUUUUCCCUUCCCUGCCACUGAUUCAGUGAGCUGGAGAUUGGAUCACAGGUAUAAUUCAAGCUUUUCAUGUAGUCACGUAGAUCACUAGACUCCCUGGUGUACUGACGUAGCAAUUUAAAAGCAGAUCAUGUGUAGUACAUCUAGAAGUAGAUUUACAAAUAUUCUGAAGAGUUGUAACCUUUUAAAAUACUAACAGUGACAUGGUUUUGUUUUUAAGGUUUAGCAAUAUUUAGCCCAUUUUUGUUUUAUUCCCAACUUGAAUGUUCGUAAGUUUUAUUUCUUGAUGCUUACGUUGUGUUAUGAUAACAUCAAAAUAAGUUGAUAUUCUAGGUUACUAAUAAUUGUUGUGCAUGAAGGUUACUGCUUUUGGAAUUUAAGACUUUAAAGAAUUUUAAAGGCAGGCAGUUGCUGACUAAACUUCUCUCUCUUGAUUCACAGCCGAAGGAGUAAAGGUGCUGCAAUGAUGUUAUCUGUGGCCACUGUGGAUGUUUCACGAGAACAUUAAUAAACUAAAAACUUCA